UGAUUUUGAAGACCACGGCUUCUAUCUUAUUUUCCGCUGACUUUCCUCCACAUUGAUAUCUUUUUUUUUGCUUUAAAAAACAAAACGACUCAUCACCUGUAAGAUUUUAUUUCCGACACUCUAAUCAAUCCAAAUCUUGGUUAGACGCUAGACCUUGACCCACGACAUAGUAUUAUUUUCAGCACGAGCGAGAGCAAUUUCGUUCCAGGAUUUUGGUGUGAGAAUUUUCGCACCACGCCGGAAUCGAUUGUCCUUGACAUCAACACUAAGCCUAAAUCAAAAAUUACGUCCCUAGUAUUCACGCGCGCUUUUUUGCAUCCCUGCGGCGUGAAUUUUUGAAAAAUAAAAUGACGAAUCGGAAGAUGAGCGGAAGGAGCUUCGAGAACAGCGUGGGGGCUCCAAGAAACCUUCGAGGUCCUCGCGCCUCCUCUUCCAUUUUCGCAGGGACACUAUUACCGGUAGUUUUCCUGCUGGGAGGACUUGCUCAACUUCAACUUCAACAAUACUUACUUCCCACGGGGGUUCUCGCCGCUACCUCCUAUACAGGAGCUCCACUGCAGGAGGAUAUGGAUAAGCCUAUCGGCAAACCACCAUCCACGUUGCUCCAACGGGGACUCAGCGGCGCCACACCGUCCGCGCUGCGCAACCGCUCGGGGGCCUGCUGCGAGGACCUCGCCGAGGAUGCUCGCACCGUGUGUCACUGUGCACAGGCGGGCUGCUGUCUUUACGCGUUUUUGGAGAUGGUGGACGUAGUUUGCAAUCCUGGCGUGAACAACCACGAGCGGAAGAUGCGGAACGGAGCCCUCUGCGGGGUCAGCAUGGCGAGUUGCGCCGCUGGACAAACCUUGCAGUGCGCGUGUUACAACUGCGCUUUACCUGCCGCAGAGCCGUGCUGUGCUAGCAACGUCGGGCCCGCAGGUAUGCCUUGUGCGCAGUUUUGCUGCAACCCGCAUCUGGGGGUGACGCUUAGCCAGAUGGGAAGUUCAUCCGCCGUGGCCCCGACCGUCCCGGCAGUCUGCUGUGGGGCAGACAAGCUCCUCUGCUGCGCUUGCUGUGCACCUUGCCAGAUCGCGACGACGCAAGCAGCCGGUAUUUGUUGCUGCUUUUCGCUGGGAGUAGCGGCCGCACAAGGGCACCGGGUUGCGUUCGGGAAAAGUGUUGCAGAAAGCAUGGGAAACAACGGUGCGGUGGACGUGAGAAAUCGCAAUGAAUUGUGGCUGCCAUUUUUGAUUCAAGCUGCGGACGGGUCCUGUGAGCCGGGGUCUCACCCGCUGAUGCAUUUGCAGACGGAUGAUAAGCCCAUAGGUCCGGCGCACGAGACGAGCAGUGGCGACGGGGGUGCAAGUAGUGCUCGAGGGGGGGCACGGAGAUUUGCGGGCAACCUGUUCCGCCGCAGCCGUGGGGGUAGCGAGGAAAGUUUUAUGAGAGCGCGCAACCUUCCCUCCCCCUCAUCUGUCAUGCAAAACACCUACCAAAUCCAAGCGCUGCUACUGCUUUGUUGAACUGUUUGAAUGACAAUAAAUUUCGGAAGCCCAAGCAGUAGCAGCACUACUACUACAUUACGCGCAUGAACUUGUCAUGCACAGGCUCCACAGGUGCUCCACGACCACGUCCACAGGUGCCGGCAUUUGUAUUGCUGGUCACUCAUGCCAUGCAAACGAGAGGGAGGGCGAGUUGUGCACUCUCAUAAGUUCUAUGCCGGAGCUAGUUGGCUUGAAGCAUGGUUGGACGACUUCGGAAGAUGAGGAGCCGACGACCUAUUGUCAUUGACAUCCUCGCACUUAACUUACGUUUAUAUUUUCUCUUUCUGCAUGAUGAUGAUCCCAACGCAACAUUUUGAAGAUCAAGAUCGGUUUUUGCAAUGAAAAGAUAUUAAGCUGUCCAGCUAGAUAUGAGUUUGUACCUGUAGGAUAGUGUUUGUAAAAUGACAAAGAACAACAGAUGACUGCAACAUACUCAACGUCAACUUCAACACUUUUAACGAGACAUGAGGCCGCUGUACGGGCUCCUUAUUUUAUUUCUUCACCAGCCAGUCAGUUUAUAUAUUUUUGCACACAGCUCCUGUAAGAAGGCAGCAGCAUCCGCUAGAGUGCAGGAUGCGCGAUGAACGCGACACAAGGCUCGUAGCCCGUCGCCGACAUCGAAAGACCGUGGUAAAAUCAAUCAACACGACGCUCGUAGCGAAGACGCAUUGAUGCUGCCACCAGGAACAUUGGAAUAAGAGCUCGCCGGUGCGCUCUAAGACGCCCCCCCCAGCAGGGUGGCCAGGCACCUCCCGGAUCCUUGUUCACCUCUUGAGAUGUUCGGCCAAAUCACGAAUACAGAGGGUUACUUCACACUCUUGCUCGCUCGUACGCCGUUGAGUGGAUCGCUUUCCAGGUGACAGGAUCAAAUUUAGAGCGCCACAAACCUCUCGUAGAGUCGCGUGGAGCGUGUAUGUAUGUAUUUCUUCACCAGCACGCAAAGUUUCUUCUCAACAGACCAUCAUAAUAUGUCUUCCCGGGAAGAUUUUUGAAAACUACAUACCAAAGCUGU